AGCGUUGCUCGAUCUAAAUCUAGGUCUGAACUGUAAACAUGUCAUAGGUAGUAUAUUCAAAAUAUUUUUAAUAAUACUUAAGUUUCUUAGUAAUUAAAUAUAUGCUCAUUACAAAGCGAAGAGUUUGUUGGACGCCCUAUAACGGAAAUGGCAAUUCAUUGAUAAUGAGCAGAGACUAUUUGAAUUACGAUGACGUCACUGAUAUUGACGUUAAUUCGCUACCAUUGAGGCCACCGCAACCUUUGAUUCCUCCCGAGAAGCCAAUCCGGCGAACGUGGCACCCAGUAAUGUGGGAUGAUGGCAGCCAACCAGGAGACCAGCCGACGGGAGAAGCACAACCACCAUCUAAAGAGUUCCCUCACAAGAAACAAAUCCGUAACAUUCGACGUCUCAUUGCUGAAGGAAAAGUCAAACCGACGUCUGAAACUCUUAUUUUCUUCCUUUGUAAUAAAUUUGCUAUCUCCGAAGAAAGGCAAGCGAGGAUGAGAGACUCUUAAAUAUAAAUUUAAUUAAUGUUUUAAAAUAUGUACUUAUGACUAUUAUACCAUGUUGUAUGAAAAUGGUGAUAUAAAAUUACAUAGUAUAGAUAUAUGAUGUAGAUAUAAUAUCUGUUAAAAUCAUUAUUUUAAAUCAAUUAUAUUUCUGGAAUGUGAUAUGUAAAUUUCGUUAUUAAGAAAUAAAUUUUAUUACUGUAUCAAUUUAUAUUUUCAUAC